AUGUGUUCAACAGCGGUAUAUAGGAUGGCAGCGCCAAAUAACGAGACGAAGGGCGAAAAAGUUUGUGUUCCACGAAAUUUCUAUCUUCUUGAUGAACUUGAGCAGGGACAAAAGGGGUCUCAGGAAGGUAGUAUCAGUUGGGGAUUAGAAAAUAUGGCUGAUGCAACACUUACCAAAUGGAACGGAAUGAUUCUCGGUCCUACUCGAACUCCUUUCGAAAAUCGUAUUUAUGAUUUGCGGAUCGAAUGUGGACCAAAGUAUCCAGAUAUCCCUCCAACAGUUAGGUUUGUCACUAAAAUACGUAUGCACGGAGUAAAUGAGAAUACUGGUGAAGUUGAUCCUCGAAUGUUCUCUACUCUGUCUAACUGGACUCGUGGAUACUGCAUACGUCAUGUGCUACUGGAUGUCCGCAAGAAAAUGUCUGCAUCUGAAAAUUCAAGACUUGCUCAGCCACCAGAAAAUUCCACUUUCUGAUUCAUUUUCAUCCGUUUGUUUGCUAGAUUUUCUAAUAGUAGACAAAUGGAUGAUAUUUCUAAAGUUAUCACUUUCCUUCCUAAGAUCCUCAUUUUGGUACAAUGAAACUGUUUAAAAUUCUCUCUAUCGAGAUCCCUGUAUUGGUCUUUCCCUCAGCGGUCUUUAUGUAUCUAUACUUGUCUGGCUUUUAAAUACUAAAUCUGUUGUGAAGUUUAUUCUGUACUGCUGGAUAGUUACGGUUGCAAUAUUUUUAUACCAGUAGACAGUUUGUUGUUUUCUUUUCGAGUCCCGGAUUAAUCAUAAACUUAGUCAAGGCAUUUGAUGUAUUUAUGCGAUGCAUAUGAAAGCUAUACUUUUCGCUUAUACGGUGAAAAUCUUGUUUUCAGUUAUCGCUUUUUGCAGCUAUCCGCCAACUUAAGAUGGAUCAUCUACGGAUUGUGUGAUUUUCUGAUUAUCAGUCUAGACUCUUUAAUAGUUUUGUAUUCACAACGCUGGCUGUUUGAUUUACAUCUUUUCGUUGUGCUUUGAUUUUUUUAUGAUAAACAAGAUAACUUUUUUUAACCCAUGUGUUUCACUAAUUGCUUAGUUAAAUCCAUUUCUUUGUACAAAAUAAUUAGUCAGGUUUUGCAGCUUCAUGAAGCCAUCCGUGGAUGUUUUUUAUCUUUUAUAUAUAUAACAGCUCACUUGUCAACUGGAAGUUGCAAUAGUUCCCCCAGUUUUCGAAAUUUCGACGUUAAUGUGGUUACAAAUGACUAGUCGCCCAUCAUAACCAACAUUUUCCCCUAUGUGCGACUAAUUUCAUAUCAUGUUUGUCAUCGAUAUUAUGAUGUUUACAAUCUUAUGAGUUUUGUAGACGAUGGAGAGUACAGUGUAUUUGUAAUGCUUUCAAAAGUAACCCUUAGUUCUUGUCAAAGGUCACUAACGGUUUCGUUGAAUACCAUAUAUUUAUACGAUUAACAAGCUUAAUGGAUCAGAUCGAAAUGCUUAUAGUGGUGGCAAUUGCUAGAUUUAACAGCCACUUUAGUUCUAUUAACUGGUGACUAGGGAACAUAUUUACGCAGCGUUAACUUAUCAAGUGGGUUUAUUCAACUUCGUUCGCUUAAAAAAUGUAAAUGGCGAGUAGGGUACAUCUGGGAAUUCUAUACGCUAUUUAUUGCAUAACCUCGAUAGUGAUUCUCCAUAACACUAUACCGUUGCUUGUGCGUUCAUAUUUUCACCAAAGUGGCUUAACCUUCUUGUCUAUUGUAGAAUGACCGGCUGGUCUCUUCAUGUAAGUAUAUCGUCAAUAUCUAGAUGCAAGAUUACACAUCACGGCUCACUAGUUACGCCUUAUAUUCGCAUCCCAAAUUACUCGUUGCCUAAAUAUUCAGGUCGUGGUGUUCGUAUGAUCCAGGGUCUCUUAAUGGCAUAGUUGUACUCAACCAAGUACUACGCAUGUAAGUGGAUGCUGAAUUGUCUACUUUAUUUGAAUUUCAGUUAUCUGGGAAGAGAGUGCUAAUUUAGUCGGUAGUAUAUAUUAUAACCACUUGUAUGUAAAUAUUAAUGCUACUUAUAAGUUCGUACUACUCUUCGACCAGUACAUGUACUUGAGCAUCCUUUGGUCGUGACUAAGAUCUGGUCUAUCUCUAUAUGCCGUAGAUAUUGCUCAUCAUCAGGACUAUCAUGAUAUAUAACUUCACCUGGGAUAGAUAAUAUAAUAUAUAUGAAUUAUUACCUAGUUGUACAAUUUUUUAGGUAUUCAUCUAUUUUUGUAAUCCGUCAACAACUGCAUCAUUUGUGUACCACACUGUCCAGUCCCUACCACUUAGUUCACCACAUUACAUGAUACCCGUUUCCUCUGAUAUGUCUAUCGUGUUUCCCAUCGUUUGCGUUAUCACACCUGAACACCAUGAGACGAGCGUCUCCACUGUCUUAUCCAAUAAUUUCCAGAUUCUUGAAAGGAGGUGCUAUUAAAAUAACGUACGCAAUUAUUUGCCCGCAUGAUUUUUCGGCAAAAUGUCGAGUGAACUACUCACCCGAGAAGGUGGUAUCUAAUUUCGUGUCAAUAACACCGAGAAGAGGAACGGCGGAUUACAUCUGAGUUCCAUGUAAAUACUAGUUUGUUCUCAGAAAUCAACAACAAGCACGUUACAAAAAUGUUGGUCCUCUAUUGUUUUAUAUCCCGCACAAGUUUAGUAUUGAUGACUAAAUAUACAGAUCUAGAAUCUAAAUAGUGUAAAAAACCACGAAAUUUUGAAUAUAUGAGUCACUCAGCACGACGCAGUAAUAUUGUUCUAGCGUGAUACUCAAAAAGUUAAGGAAAAAUGCUGCCACCACAUAAGCUCAUACUAAAUUAUAUAUCACUUCAGAAACUAUUGUGACAACUGCCACCCACACCGCGUAUAAGAAACCAUCUACAUCGAUGCAAUUAUAAGCUGGAUUGAAUUAAACGGACCUAAGCGAGACUGUGAUUGCCACCCACACUGAUCCCUCUCGUUUUAUAAGACAUAGUAUGACCUGCUUCCGACCGCCCACAUCCCAUUCCUGGUAGUCCAAUCAAGUCCGGAAAUUGGGAUCCAGCUCUCAAACAUGAAACUCCUUGAAGUCAUUUAGACACGAAGCUCCCGGUUACUGCUGAGCGAGUUAUGCAUUCGGCUUGAAACUAACAACAGGUGAAGACAAUACUGACUGUGCAAACAAGGAAAAACCCUACUAACCUUCAAAUCACGUGUGACAAUCGAGCCGCAAUAUUGUGUACGGCAACUACCUUGUGGUAGAUGUCCUGACUACGCUCUCAUAGUGGCACCUAAAACACACAAACGCCGGCCGUGACAUUUACCAACAAAUACAGACAUCUACAUGUAUUACUAUUGUCUGCUUGUAUUCGGACAUAUAAAUGGACGCCCAUCCCGUAAUAAUUGCCGUAGAACACCAGACGCCUUCCACUAUAUAAAGGGAUUGCGAGUACAUAAACGAUAACUUAAACCUUCAUUAAUCUACGACUGCUUAGAAGGCACUUUACAUUUUCGAAUAGGCAUCACUACGGAUAGACCUUUACACUCCGAGCUCCAUGUUUCAAA